AUGGCCAUGUCGUUCCCGGUGCCGCCGCUGAACGACCGCAAGAGAGUCAAGGUCUACGAGCUGCGGAACAACGACUGGUUCGACCGGGGGACGGGCUUCUGCACCGGGCAGAUCACAGACGAUGAGCCGAAGAUACUGGUGCAGUCGGAGGACCAGCCAGACCGCAUGCUGCUGGAGACUCGCAUCACACGGGAGGAUGGAUACCAGAAGCAGCAGGAAACACUGAUAGUAUGGACGGAGCAGAAUGGGACAGACAUGGCGCUCAGCUUUCAGGAGGCGGAGGGCUGUGGUGUGAUAUGGGACUUCGUGCGCCAUGUGCAGCAGCAUCUCACUCCCCUCGGCCAUGGCCUAGAUGACUCGCUGUCGGACGACGCCAUGGACGGCAUGCCCAGCGCCAUCAUGCUCCCGCCGCCGGACCUCACCAACCUCGCGGAGAUCGAACACCUCAUCGUCGGCGCCAGUGCGACCCAGCCAGGCAGAGACGCCAUCGCCCGCUUCGUCAUCCAGGAACAGUACAUCCUCAAGCUGCUGCCGCUCGUCGCCGUCGCCGAAGACCUCGAGGGCCUCGCUGACCUCCACCGCCUCUGCAACAUCAUGAAGGCCCUCAUCCUGCUCAACGACAACACCAUCAUCGAGCAGGUCGUCUCAGACCCCGUCAUCUCCGCCGUCGUCGGCGCCCUCGAGUACGACCCGGACUUCCCCACCCACAAGGCAAACCACCGCCAGUACCUCAACGACCGCUCCCGCUACAAGGAAGUCGUCCCCAUCAAGGACCCCAUCAUCCUGCGCAAGAUACGGCACACCUGGCGCCUGCAGUACCUCAAAGACGUAGUCCUCGCCCGCAUCCUCGACGACCCGACCUUCUCCGUCCUCAACUCCCUCAUCUUCUUCAACCAGGUCGACAUCGUCCAGCACCUCCAGUCCAAUGCCGCCUUUCUCUGCGAACUCUUCUCCCUCUUCGCCCCCGAGUCAGCGCCCGCCGACGCAAACAAGCGUGAAGACGCCGUCCAGUUCCUCCACCAGUGCAUGGGCAUUGCAAAGAACCUCCAGGCUCAGUCGAGGGGGAACCUCUUUGCAAACCUCAUCAACCAUGGCCUCUUCUCCGUCAUUGCAUUCGCCGUCAAGCAUCCCACACCCGCCCUCAGGACGACCGGCAUAGACAUCCUCGUCGUCCUGCUCGACCAUGACCCCGUCACCAUGCGCGGAUACAUGCUCAAGGCGUUUACCGAUAAGAAGCUGCCAUUGACAGAUACACUGAUCGACCUGCUACAUACAGAGACCGACCUGGGCGUCAAGAACCAGCUGGCCGAUGCAUUAAAGGUCCUCCUCGAUCCGCAGCCGCAGAUGCAAGAACUACGGUCCGGAGAGGUAGUCAAGAUGCGCCAGGGCCAGCAGCAGCAGGGUCAGGGCCAGGGCCAGGGCCAGACACAGAUACAGCCACACCCCGUUGCAGACGCAUUCAUGCAGAACCACUUUGAAAGCUCUGCUAAGAGACUCUUCACUCCCUUGACCCUCCUCGCCGCCCACAACGACCUCUCCGGGUUGACGUUCCAGCAGGUCUCCCUAUUUGCACACCUAGUAGAGAUACUCACCUUCUUUGUUCGCCAGCAUCCCAUCCGCAGCCGCUCCUUCAUCCGCGAAGAAUACCUCAUCCCGCGUGUUGCGCAACUCUUCACCGUUCCCCAAAAACAUCUCAAACUAAUGGCAUUGAAAUUCUUCCGUACUCUCGUCAGCCUCCACGACACCUUCUACCACGCCCAACUAACCCACAACAACACCUUCGACCUCAUCCUCAACAUCGUCUACGAAACCAUGCCCCGCGACAACCUCCUCAACUCCGCCUGCCUCGACCUCUUCGAAUUCAUCAAACGCGAAAACAUCAAACCCAUCAUCGGACACGUCGUUGAACGAUACCGUGAAAAGAUCCAGAACAUCACCUACGUAGACACAUUCCAGAACCUCAUCCUCCGCUACGACCAGAUGCAGGGCUACGGACCGAAUGCUGCGGCCGGUGCAGAUAACAGUGAUGCCGCAAGCACCGUCUUCAGCCAGGACGAAGCCUCCUCGACGCCCACGAGGAUGAUCAUCAGCGGCGGUGCGCAACGGUGGGGAGCAAUGGGUGUUCGCGAAAUGACCGCAGCCGAGGAAGAGUACUUUGAGGCCUCAGACGAUGAGGAAGACGAGGUAGGAUUCUUCCCUGUUUCUACUGGAGGCUCCUCUAGGCAGAGAACUGUGCAGCUCAUGCUCAAUGUUUUAUCACAGGUUAAACCCGAGAAUGCUGCGAGCACGAACGCCGCGCCUCCGAACGGCACGCCCAACAAGCCACUUGUCGAUUACCCUGACGACGACGACGAUGAUGCCAUGAACGAGCAGGAUGCGCAGGUACCGGCUCAGAAGCAGCAGGAGCAGGAACAGCAGAAAAUCGAGCGGUUCUCGUUUUCUGAAAAGCGCCGUCGACAGGAUGACGAUGACGACGAUGAACUUAUCAAGCUGUCCUCGGGUUCAAAGCGGCGCAACUCGGUAAACACCGCAAACUCUGUCUCGCCGUUAUUCCAGCGCGGUAACGGCAGCGGUAACGGGAACGGUAACGGGAAUGGCAGCUUGCGAGUGAAGAAGGGAAGUCAGAGCCGGAGUCCCAGCGGGAGUCCGAGUCCGAGCCCGCGUUCGAAGGGCAACGGUGUUGAAAAAGACGGUUCAAAGGAGUCAACGGCAGGGAAGAAGAUUGCGAUUACUUUCAACGUUUCAUCUUCAACACGGAACGCGCUUAAGAGCCAGGAGAACCCGACUGAUUCUGAUUCAGAACUGAAACCAGAGCCAGCCAAGCUGAAGGAAGCUGGUGAUGCCGGAAUAGUUGAUGCUGCGCCUACAUCGGUCAAAGGUACAGCCAUGAGCGACGGCAGUGAUGCUGAGACUGGCUCGGCUGAUGAUAGCGGAGGAGGCGGGUCGGAAGAUAGUACGGAGCCUGCUGAACCUAUCCCUGAGAGUACGACGCCGUCGACAACCACGACAACGCCGGUAGCUGCGACGGCGACUGCGAGCUAA